AUGGCUGGUCCUAACGAGAACCCUUUGCCAGAGGAAGAGGUUGAGAUUUCCCCCGCUGAAGCUGUCAAGUUUGCACGGGAGGCAUCUCUUCGCAGUGAAGCCCUUCUCGAGAGACUCUCUGGCCAGUUCUCUCAGCAUGCACGCGAACAGGCUCAAAAGAUCGACAAGCAGACGGAGGAGAUCAAGGUGCUUCAAUCUCAACUCCAUGCAAAGAGUGCUCCCAAGAAGUCAGACCGCAUCACCAACCCGGAGAUCAAGAAGCAAAUGAUCGGCCUUGAGAAGGUGCAGCACGCAGUCUCUCAAGCCAAGAAUGCCUUCGAGAAUCAUCUGGACGGUUCAUCACCUCUCUCUCACCUGUCCGAGGACCAGAUCGCUUCUCUUCGAGAGCAGUGUGAUGAAGGUGAGCAAGUCAUUCUGGAGCGCAUGCAAUAUUUGGAGGAUUGUGAGUCUGAGGGCGUCGAAGUGGCAAACGAAAUGCUCCGCCUGCGUGAAGAAGCCUCGAAGGAUCCGGCUGAGAUUUCCCUGGCUGCUCGUGCUAAGAAGGUUUUGGCGGAAAAGCGCAAGGCUGAGGACACUGCAACUAAGUCUUCCAAGGAACAGAAAGUCAGCCACCCUCCACAAGGCAGAAACUCUUACUUCGGUCGCUCCCGCUCCCCCUCCCCUGCACCUCAGUGGUUCCAUCCCCCUCCUCCCAUCAUUCUGCCUUCUCCUGUUCCAGCAGCCCCUCUUCCCAGCCCUGUGCCUUCUCCUGUUUAUCAGAGCCAGUAUUUCCCUACAAAUCGCACCCCCUCUCCAGCUCCCAACUGUCCUCCCCCAGCAUCAACCUUUUCCGCUCCAGUCCCUCGCGCUCCUGGCCCUCCCCUCUCUAGCGGUCUUAGCUUCUUCUUCCUUAAAAUCUUUGGCUUCUACUUUGUGUCAGCAACUGACGAAUCUCUUCACAAACUCGCCGACUUGACCGACGCUGCUGAGUUUGAGGGGUUCAAGGACUCAGGCUCUCGGAGCUCUGCCUCUGACUCAACUCCUCCGAAGAAAGAACCGUGGCUGCGUCACCGGUUACGUCAGCGAGUUCAGUUCUGGGAGUCCUUUGUCAAAUCGAGCUUUGUCAUGGGGAUUCUUCUCACGGGCUAUAUGCUCCCCUGGAUCUCUGCCCCUCCUUCAGAACCCCAUCGCCAGCCCAACCACCCUUCAGCGUUCGAACACGCCGAUUUCGUCAGCGACGCGAUCAAGACCCUUCGGGCUACGGGCACGAUUCUACCGGUUUCUGACCCUCCCUUUCUUGUCAGUCCUCUGGGGGUCGUGCCGAAAGCGGAGAACAAACUUCGACUUAUUCUCGAUCUUCGUUUUCUCAACCAGUUUCUCCAAGUCCCCAAGUUCCGCUACGAAUCUCUCAAGAUGAUUCCCGAACUCUGCCAACCACACGAUUUCCUUUUUACGAUUGAUCUCAAGGCUGGCUACCAUCAUAUCGAUAUCUUCGAACCACAUUGGAAAUAUUUAGGCUUCCAGUGGCAGGGUCAAUAUUUCGUCUUCACUCAACUUCCGUUUGGUUUAGCCCCAGCGUGCUACGUUUUUACAAUGGUCAUGCGACAGCUGACCAUGUCCUGGCGCGAACGUGGCUACCGCCUGGUGCACUACAUCGACGAUUUCUUCUUUGCGUGUCGGGGCUCCGCGGAGUUUGCUCGGGUUCAGGCAAGCGUUCUCGCUGACUUAGCCGCUGCAGGCUUAGUUGUUUCUGUGGAUAAGUGCCAGCUCAAAUGCAGCUACGUAGUCAAGUUCCUCGGUUUCGUCGUUGACACGCUGUUCGGUCAAUUUCGCCUUACCGCACUCCAGAAGUCCAAGCUUUCCUCCGCCAUCCAGCAGUGCCUUCGCUCUCCUCAUUCCGUUCCAGCUAAGACAGUCGCUCGCGUCACCGGCUUAAUUACUUCUCUCUCUCUGGUCACUGGUCCCAUUUCUGGUCUCUUCUCUCGCUUCUUACAUCGCGCUUUAGCAACCCGCUCGUCUUGGUACAGCAAGGUUUCCCUCAACAGCCCCGCAGUUAACGAGCUUCGCUUCUGGAGCACGCAGCUUUCUCUUUUUGCAAACCGCGAUAUCUGGCGUCGUCAUUCUCUGAUCCGCGUCCUUUAUUACGAUGCCGGGGGGCAUGGCUGGGGCGGUCAUUUGCGCAUCGGGUCAGCGGAGCACGAGGCUCAUGGCGCGUGGAAACCUCACGAGCAGCACGGUUCUACGUCGUCCACGUGGCGGGAGUUGACUGGCCUCCUCCGUCUCCUCCAGGCGUUUAAACCGCUCUUGAGUGAUUGUACGGUCAUCGCUCGCGGGGAUGCUUUAAACGUCUUCACCAUGCUCUCCAAGGGCGGUUCUGCGAAAGAGCAUCUUCAGUCAAUCUGCUUGGAACUGUUCUCUUUCUGCGCUUCUGCCCGAAUCGAACUUCGCCCCGAGUGGCUCCCCCGGGAGGAAAACGCGCGCGCGGACUACCUGAGCAAAGUCCGCGAUUUCGACGACUUUGGGCUGUCUCCAGCUACCUUUGCCUUUGUGGUUCAGCAGUUCGGUCCUUUCACGGUGGACCGAUUCGCGAGUGAACACAACGCAAAACUCCCUCGCUUUGACGCCUUCUACUGGUGCCCGGGAGCUGCUGCAGCCAACACGUUUACCCAAGACUGGAGUCCCCCUGAGAGGAAUUACUGCUUUCCCCCGCCCUCUCUCGUUGCUCCGACGAUUCGGCACGCGCGUGCGUGUCGAGCGCGUAUGGCGCUCGUAGUUCUGGGCUGGCGUUCUGCACCCUGGUGGCCUUUGCUUUCUGGGAGCGUCGCUUCGGGUCGCGGCUUCGCUCCGUUCGUGCGUGGCCAGCUCUACUUUCCCAAGGGUCGGGAGGUGCUCGUCCCGGGGCGCGCGUCACGUGAUCGGUUCUUCGGCAAAGGCGUCCCUAUUUCUGACGUGUUUGUGUUAGACUGCGACUUCAGCAUCGAGGUACGCGCGUUCUCCUUUUCGCCCUUUCUCUAA